GUUUUAUUGUAAGGAAUUUGGAUCUGCUACCCAAAACUCAGGUGGUAAUAGUAUAUGCUUAUGAAAAUAUUUCCAAAACUGGAAUAUUUGAAAAGUGUAUUAAUUCAGUAUAUAAAUAGCAACAGUUCUCUGACUGAAUUUGUGCCGUAACAGAUUUUUAUACAGGUAUAAUAAGGAUACACUUACGGAUUUCUUUAAGAUUUAAAGUUCAGCUAAGACAGAUAAAAAAUGGAAAUUAGCUAUUUUAUAUGGAUUGGAUUAAUUGGAUCUUUACUUACUGUCAGUGAUUGCUAUUUAUCUGCAACUGCAAAAGACAAAUUUGUUCCAGAAAAUCACAAGCAUUGGAAUAAUCUGGAACACAGAACUUGUGGAUUUUCCUUAAAAAAUCGAAUCAUUGGUGGAAGAAGUGUACGUUUGGGAAAGUACCCGUGGCUGGUCAGAUUGGGAAAAUUACGAAGCGCAUCUGCUCACAGCCUGCGUAAUCCUGCUGCGAACAUGGUGUUCCCCUGCGGCGGCGCCAUUCUCAACAGGCUCUUCAUCCUGACAGCUGGCCACUGCUUCCUGGAUCCGAAGUCAUUACCGACGACGGUGCGCGCAGGUGAGUUCGACACCUCGAAGGAAAUAGACUGCCACCAAGAAUUCUGUGCUCCGCCGGUCCAGGAUAUCCGGAUCAAGGAAUAUUACACGCCUCGAUACUUCAAGCCCAAUUCGAUGGAGAACGAUAUAGCUCUGGUACUAUUGUCCAAGCCGAUUGAGUUUAGCGAAGUCGUGGCUCCAAUAUGCAUGCCGACAUUUUCACUCAGUAAAAGUAAUUUAACUGGCAAAUCUGUAGAAGUUGCUGGUUGGGGUCUCACCAACAUCUAUACGAGGAAGACGCCCACUGUCUUGCAUUCUGUGACCUUGAAGGUAGUUGAGAACACCUGGUGUAAAAUGUAUAAGGAAAAACAUUCUAGCUUCCCCUUCAACAUCAUCUGCGCCGGCAACGAAUCAGGCAAAGACUCCUGUUCGGGAGACUCCGGUGGACCGCUGAUGCUUCCGGUCAACGAGCACGGGACGAUUAGGUACUAUGUGGUAGGCGUCGUCUCUUAUGGACCGGAAGCUUGCGGCGAAACCAACUCACCCGGCAUCUACACCUACCUUGCGCAGUUCGAGCAGUGGAUCUUGAACCUGAUAAAUACCAACUGAUCGGAGAACUGAUCGUUUAAGAAAUAGUCUCUUGGUGUUAUCAUCCCACAUACGUUACUGACCCUUCGAGAGGUGAAUUCCUUCCGCUUAAGAGAUCUGCAGCCUAUGUACUUUGUAAAAUUAUAGAUGAAAAUUAUAAUAAAGUUUUUAUUUGUUGUAUAAGCUAGGCCAUUAUUCAACAACAUUUUUUUUAUUAGCUAUUUUAUUACAACGUUUCGACCAUCACUAGGGUCAUUUUCAAGUCUUAUUGAGUCCUCCAUUAGAUAUUCAUUAUUAAUGUCGUAUUAAUUUGUUUAGUGAAAACUUAAAUUGUCCUGACAUUUGUUUCCCCUAAGUCAUUUCGAGUCCCUCCAGAAAUUAAUAAUAAAAUAAAAUAAUGCAACGGAUCAAAAGAUAAAGAAAUCAAAUUUUCCUUUAUCGAUAAAUAUAAUCCACAAAGAUAACAAAAAUUAAUUUAAAUCUUCAUUUUUGCUUAGAACCAACAUGAUUACAAAUUUAAGUAAGCUGUAUCUUUGCUAAAAAUUGUCCGAUCUCGAUGAUUUUUUUUCAUUUUGUAGGGAAUUUAGUAAUCUUUUAUAUAAUCAUGGGCAUAACCAAGAGAAAAGUGUGUAAUUUUUUAGUUAUUUGCAAAUAAAGUUCGUUUUCUUACAUAAAUUGUUUGCCUGAAUUUUCGGGGUGAUUGGAAUAUUUUGCCCGCCUGAAGGAGAAUGAAGCCUUCGAAAUUGGUGGCUCAAUCUUGAGAUUUG